UGAAUAAGAAAGUUUGUUUCUAGUGAUUGUAUUCUUUACUAGAAUAUUAUUAUUGGUACACUUGUAAUUAUAGUUUCUUAUAUUAUUUCGUGGAUUUAAUAUCAUGUAACAUAUAUUUGUAAAUGUUUUACAUUUCAAUACACGGAGCCGAUAAAAUCAGUAGCGUCAUUUUUGUUUCUUUCAACUGAUUUUAUAUUUAUAAUAAUGAUUGUUCAACUCGAUGAACCGAUAUUUGUGCAAAAAAACUGGAUCUUUAUUACCUGUCAUUAAUUCAGGUUAAUUUUUUCUCUUGACUUCAUUUAGUAUCACAUAAUUGAAAUGGAGUCAGCAAAUCAGAAUCAGGUACAAAGUGCCUCUAAUAAUGCUGAUACUUCUGAAAACAAGGGAAGUUGUUUAUUACUUCGAUAUGCUAGUCAAAAUUCAUUGGACGAAAGUUCACAAAAGCAUAUACCCCGUGAGAGUGGAAAAGAUAAACCACCAUAUAGAAAUCAUCAUCAUACAAAUCGGGCAUUUGAUGUUAUCAAUGAAAUGAGAAAGAAAAAUUUAUUAUGUGAUGUAAUCUUGGUGGCAGAUGGAGGUUUAGAAGUACCUGCUCAUAAAAUGGUUCUGGCUGCUUGUAGUCCUUAUUUUUAUGCUAUGUUUACCAGUUUUGAGGAAAGAGAUCAAGAAAGGAUAACAUUACAAGGUGUAGAUUAUUCUGCACUUGAAUUAUUGGUAGAUUAUGUAUAUUCUGCAGAAGUUCAUGUCACUGAAGAUAAUGUACAAGUGUUGUUACCAGCUGCAAAUCUUUUACAAUUAACUGAUGUCCGUGAUGCAUGUUGUGAUUUUUUACAAGCUCAAUUACAUCCAUCAAAUUGUUUAGGAAUUCGUGCAUUUGCUGAUCUUCAUAGUUGUUUAGAGUUAUUGUCACAUGCUGAUAGUUAUAUUGAACAACAUUUUUCAGAAGUAGUGGAUGGAGAAGAAUUUUUGACAUUAGCACCACAGCAAGUAGCUAAAUUAAUUUGCAGUGAUCGUUUAAUGGUCCCUUCAGAAGAAAAAGUGUUUGAAUGUGUAAUAUCAUGGGUGCAUCAUGAUUUGGAAAAAAGACAAGCUCAUUUAGCACAAUUAAUGGAACAUGUACGCUUACCUUUAUUAUCCCAAGAAUAUUUAGUACAACGUGUGGAAGAAGAACCACUUCUUAAAGCAAAUUUACAAUGUAAAGAUUUUUUGAUAGAAGCUUUGAAAUAUCAUUUACUUAAAGGAGAACAAAAAUCAUUAUUUAAAACACCUCGUACAAAACCUAGACAACCAAGAGGUUUACCAAAAGUGUUACUAGUUGUAGGAGGACAGGCUCCAAAAGCAAUUAGAAGUGUAGAAUGUUAUGAUUUCAAAGAAGAAAAGUGGUAUCAAGUAUCUGAAUUACCUACGCGUCGUUGUAGAGCUGGUUUAUCCGUCCUCGGUGGUCGUGUAUAUGCUGUUGGUGGAUUUAACGGAUCUCUUAGAGUACGAACAGUAGAUAUUUAUGAUGCAGCUACAGAUCAAUGGUCACCUUGUCCAGAAAUGGAAGCAAGAAGAUCAACACUUGGUGUAGCAGUUCUUGGAAAUUGCAUAUAUGCUGUUGGUGGAUUUGAUGGAUCAACUGGUCUUAAUUCUGCUGAAGUUUAUGAUCCAAGAACUCAUGAAUGGAGGUUUAUUGCACCAAUGUCAACACGUAGAAGUAGUGUUGGAGUGGGAGUUGUUAAGGGAUUAUUAUAUGCUGUUGGUGGUUAUGAUGGAGUAUCCAGACAAUGUUUAUCUAGUGUUGAAUGUUACAAUCCAGAAAAAGAUCAAUGGAAACCUGUGCCUGAUAUGUCUGCACGUCGAAGUGGCGCCGGAGUUGGAGUUUUAGAUGGAAUUCUAUAUGCUGUAGGAGGACAUGAUGGCCCAUUAGUCAGAAAAAGUGUAGAAGCUUUCAAUCCAGAUACUAAUCAAUGGACUCCAGUUAGUGAUAUGGCUCUUUGUCGUAGAAAUGCUGGUGUUGUUGCAUUAAAUGGUCUUUUGUAUGUGGUUGGUGGUGACGAUGGUUCAUCGAGUUUGGCAUCUGUAGAAGUAUAUUCUCCAAGAACGGAUACUUGGACAACUCUUCCAACUUGUAUGGGAAUUGGUCGUAGUUAUGCCGGAGUAGCAAUAAUCGAUAAACCAAUGCCAUCUACAACAUCGAUGUGA